UGAAAGUAGAGAGCAUUUUCCAUUUUGCCCGCUUGGUUUCUCAGUCAGGCGUGGAGAGAGAGAGAGAGAGAUGGUAACUGUAAGCCAUUUUCAUCGAGUGAACUGCAGCUUCCCAGCUUCUUCUUCCAAGGAAUUCCCAAUCAAACGGCGAAAGUUUCCCGCUAAAAUUGGUCCAUCGAUUUCUCAUUUCAGACUCCAGGCUGCAGGUGUUCAGUAUAAUUUUAGGCGAAAUGAGAAAUUUCUCAAGUCGGUGAUCAAAUGCAGUGCUGGUGAAGUUGGGGAUGGACCUGAGUUUGUGAAAGAGAGAAGUGUUUCUGUCAUUUUGUUGGCUGGAGGCAAGGGAAAAAGGAUGGGUGCAAGCAUGCCGAAGCAGUAUCUUCCACUUCUAGGUCAACCUAUCGCCCUGUACAGCUUAUACACUUUCUCACGUCUGAUCGAGGUUAAAGAGAUCAUUGUGGUUUGCGAUCCUUCAUAUCAGGAUAUUUUUGAAGAUGCCAAAGAGAAGAUUGAUAUGCAAAUCAAAUUCACACUUCCAGGAAAGGAGAGACAAGAUUCCGUGUACAGUGGCCUUCAGGCAAUUGAUUUGAGCUCAGAGCUUGUGUGCAUCCAUGAUUCUGCCAGACCUCUUGUAUUAGCUGGGGAUAUUCAACAGGUUCUUAAAGAUGCUAGGCUGAAUGGGGCAGCCGUACUUGGGGUUCCUGUUAAAGCUACAAUAAAAGAGGCAAACAAUGAUCGUUUUGUCCAAAGAACCUUGGACAGGAAAACUCUUUGGGAAAUGCAAACUCCGCAGGUUAUUGAGCCUGAGUUGCUUAAGAAAGGGUUUGAGCUUGUGAACAGGGAAGGCUUGGAAGUAACUGAUGACGUUUCCAUUGUGGAGUACUUGAAACAUCCAGUGCUCAUCACAGAAGGAUCUUAUACCAAUAUCAAGGUAACAACACCUGAUGAUUUAUUACUUGCAGAGAGAAUAUUGAAUUUGAACUCGUGAACGUCCUGUUGAGGACUAAACAACCAUUGUCCUAAUCUCUUAAUAAUCAAAAUGCCUUGUAAGUUUCCCCCCAUUUUUAAAGUAGCAAUGAUGUAAUUCGAAAUUCAAUUACAACAUAAUGUCAAUGAGCAUGAUGUCGGCUUCUCAAAUAAAAGUUUAAAGCAUGAAUGGUCGUGUUGAACAAAUAGUGGUAAACAGAUGGGAUGAAGAUAUGAAAGAUAUUGAAAUUUUUUUCUCUUGUUA